ACGACCAGCGCUUCGCUCUCUCAUGUCGUCUAUUAUUUGUCUCAAAACAAAGACAAACAACAGAUUCUGAGGGAAGAACUCAACGCUUUGGACACAGACUUCACGUAUGAAAACCUAAAUCAAUGCAAAUAUUUAAAUGCAGUCAUCGAUGAGACCCUACGACUGGCCCCACCUUUGAUUAGUAUUCAACGGGAAUGUAAACAGGACUACAAACUGGGAAAUACCGGUAUAACAAUACCGGCGGGAACUAACAUCGAGAUACAGCCAUUUGUCAUACAUAGAGACCCGGAGUAUUUUGUAGACCCUAAUGAAUUUAGGCCCGAAAGAUUCAUCGACGUAAAGCACCCGCCGUUUGCGUUCGUGCCCUUCGGGUGCGGCCCUCGACAGUGCGUUGGUUACUGGGCUAUGCUGGCCUGGUCACCAUUUAACAUGGAUAUGAUAACACAUGUUAAGAGGUAUUUGGGAGUGGUGUAA